AAGCGGCCCAGGGGCAGGCCCAGGAAACACGUGGAACCAGAGAUGCCUGCAAAAACCAAGUCAAGUAGCUCCUCUUCCUCCACAUCCUCCUCUUCCUCCUCCUCUGAUGAAGAGGAUGAAAGCGACCUGGAAGCAAAGAGAGGUCCCCGCAGCAGAGAGACUCACCCGGUACCGCAGAAGAAAGCUCAGAUCCUGGUGGCCAAGCCCGAAAUGAAAGACGCUUCCAGGAAGAAGCGUGGGCGGAAACCUCUUCCCCCGGAGCAGAAAGCGGCUCGAAGGACCGUGAACCUGACAAAGGUGCUGAAAACGUCCCGGAAGGAGGUGGGCGGCAGCGCCAAGCUGAUGGGGAAGCUGCAGCCCCAGCACAGCACGCAGGGCUCGGGCAUGGCCGUGCUGAAGGAGCCGCCGGCCGCCUUGGCUGGGCUGAGCUCGGGGGGGUCGUCAGCAGAGAACCUGCCCAACAUGAUGAAGGGCGGCUCCGCGAGCCCAAACCGGGCCAUCAGCUGGCAGAGCUCCAUCGUGCACUACAUGAACAGGAUGUCCCAAAGCCAGAACUCAGCGGAGACCUCACCCCUGGGCAGGCUGGCGCUGAAGUCGCAGGCAUCCAGUAAAAGCGCCUUGGGGCUGGACUUAAAAAUGAGGAAUCAGAAAGGGUGCGGGGAGCUUGGGUUGAGCAUGCAGGGACCCAAGACCGCUAAGGCUCCUAGCAGCGGCGCUGGAGGGGACCAGAAAUCGGGGUUUGCUGCGGGAGGCCAAACGCUGCACAACGGCGGCAAGAUGCCUGCGAGCUUGUCCGGGGCCGGCAGCCAGACGGCCUCCACCCAGGAGCUGAACCUCCAAGCUCUAAACCUGCAG